AUGCUCUGGGCUCUGUUUCUUAUGCAUAUCUACUGGUUCCGCUUCAUCUUCCUUAUGGCCGUUCGUCUGGUUUACUCUCCUCAAUGCGGCGAUAUUCGUGAGGAAGAACUGGAUGAGGAAGUAACUCCAGUCCCCAGCAACGGUCUGAAACCCAAUGAGACCACCCACUCCAACGGAUCUAAAUCAAUCUGCUUGCAAGCAAACGGACUUAAGAAAACCACUACACCACAAUCAAACCCGAUGGCGAACGGGAAUGUGAAUCAUUUGAAACAAAGAUGA